CCUUCAACCCCAACCUUAAACCUCAGCCUUCAACCCCAACCUUCAACCCAACCUUCAACCCCAACCUUCAACUACCAAACUUCAACCCCAACCUUAAACCUCAGCCUUCAACCCCAACCUUAAACCUCAGCCUUCAACCCCAACCUUCAACCCCAAACUUCAACCCCCAACCUUCAACCCCCAAUUUUCAAGCCCAACCUUCAACCCCAACCUUUAACCCCCACCUUCAGCCCCCAACCUCCAACCCCAACCUUCAACCCCAACCUUCAACCCUCAACCUUCAACCCCCAACCUUCAACCCCAACCUUCACCCCAACCAUCAACCCCAACCUUCAACCCCCAACCUUCAACCCCCAACCUUCAACCCCAACCUUCAACCCCAACCUUCAACCCCAACCUUCAACCCUCAACCUUCAACCCCCAACCUUCACCCCAACCAUCAACCCCAACCUUCAACCCCAACCUUCUACCCCCAACCUUCAACCCCCAACCUUCAACCCCAACCUUCAACCCCAACCUUCAACCCCAACCUUCAACCCCCAACCUUCAACCUCCAACCUUCAACCCCCAACCUUCAAUCCCAACCUUCAACCCUAACCUUCAACCCCAACCAUCAACCCCAACCUUCAACCCCAACCUUCAACCCCCAACAUUUAACCCCAACCUUCAACCCCAACCUUCAACCCCCAACCUUCAACCCCCAACCUUCAACCCCAACCUUCAACCCUAACCUUUAA